AUGGAUCGAAGUUGGAUUAAAGCACCUCACAUAAGCGAAGACUAUCAAAAUGGGGUUGAAGAUUUCUUGCAAUUUGCACAACAAAAUGCACUAGUAUUAGCUACAAAAUAUUUCUGCCCAUGUGUUAAAUGUGUGAAUGGGAGACGUCAGUCGUUGAAUAACAUCAGAUCUCAUCUUAUAUGUGAGGGGUUUAGUUCGACUUACACAAAUUGGAUAUGGCAUGGUGAAUUGCCACACAUUUCAACAACCCCUCAACCUGAGGCAGUUGAUGUACAAACCGAAGAUCGUAUGGAAGACAUGAAUAUGCUUCCUAAUGAUAAUAUGUUACCGAAGAGUCACUACGAGGCAAAGAAGAUAUUAUGCCCCGUGGGUAUGGAGUACCAAAAAAUUCAUGCAAGCCCUAAUGAUUGUAUUAUGUAUAGAAAUGAGUUUGCAGAAAUGCGCAACUGCCCGACAUGUGGGGUAUCACACUACAAAGUGAACGAUGGUGGAUGCAAUGAUGGUGCAGCCAUAACCAACAGUCAUCCAGCAAAGGUGACAUGCAGAUGGAAGCCAUUGUAUGUAGGAUGCACUAACUUCACUCGGUUAUCAGCCAUGCUAGCUUUGGUGAACUUGAAGGCUAGGUUCGGGUGGAGUGACAGAAGCUUCACUGAGUUGCUUGUGUUAUUGAAGAAUAUGCUUCCUAAUGAUAACAUGUUAUCGAAGAGUCACUACGAGGCAAAAAAGAUAUUAUGUCCCGUGGGUAUGAAGUACCAAAAAAUUCAUGCAUGCCCUAAUGAUUGUAUUCUGUAUAGAAAUGAGAUUGUAGAAAUGCGCAUCUGCCCGACAUGUGGGAUAUCACGCUACAAAGUGAACGAUGGUGGAUGCAGUGAUGAUGCAGCCAUAACCAAUAGUCAUCCAACAAAGAAGACAAUUGAUCGCUUGUAUCCAGAAUUUGGAGAGGAUCCAAGAAACCUAAGGCUUGGUCUUGCUUCAAAUGGAAUGAAUCCUUUCGAUAACUUGAGCACCAAUCAUAGUUCAUGGCCUAUUUUUCUAAUGAUUUACAACCUUCCUCCUUGGUUGUGCAUGAAGCGAAAAUACAUUAUGUUGUCUAUGAUCAUAGCGGGUCCAAGAUAG